AGAGCAAUAAGGAAGCUCAGAAGAAAAAACGGAAAGAGAAAAAAGGCUGUGACUUUAUGCCUUAUUAGGACUUUGAAGCUAUCUUCUUCUUCUUCUCUGAACCCUUACAAAAUCGCCGUCUCAGAUCUAAUCCAGCUAUAUAUUCAUUCAUAUUUAUGUAUACGAUUCUCUAGUUCUUUUAUGGACCAUCUUCUCUAAUCGUUCGUCUUUAUUCUUAAGGAUUUGAUCGAUUUUUUUUGGGUUGUGGUUUGUUGUUGUUGUUGUUAUUCUUUGAUUCAUCAUCGUUUUCUACUUUAUUAAGCCGAAAGCCGAUCUGGGUUUUUCUCUGAAUGGAUCAUCCUUCAGGUUCACUGAGUUUUGGCAACAAUUUGACACCAUUGGAAUUAGAACUAAAGCAGAUUCUAGAAGGGGAUAUGAGUGAGUUACGAAGGGGGGAAAUGUUGUUAGAGUUGGAUCUCAAUGACCCUCCAGUUCCUUUUGACUAUGGAAGACCUCAUGCCUAUGUGCAUCAUCAUUUUAGGCAACAAACUCCUAAGGAUUUUGAGGUCAUCGAUGAUGACGUUGCUAUAAUUUCCUCAAGGAUAUUUGCUGAAGCCAAAAACAAUCCCAGCAGAAACCUUGAGGUGAGAAAUGUGGUCGAGCCAGGAAUAGAAGUGAACAAUAACCGUGCAGAUGCUUCAACUUCCUAUCCCCUUCAACGCAACAAGCGCAGAAGAUUAUUAAGAAAUCAAGCAGUUUUGAACUGGGAGCUGUACAUGAAUUCAGAAGAGUGUUCCAAAGUUCAGAUAAAGAAUGAGCCCAUACUUUCAGCAUCUGAGAUGGUGGCACCAGCACCAGCAGCAGCAGCAGCAGUACCAGCACCGGCACCAGCAGCAGCAGCAGCAGCACCAUCCUUCAAUUGCCCAAUAUGUAUUGGUCCAAUGAGUGAAGAAACAUCUACAAAAUGUGGUCACAUUUUCUGCAAAAAAUGCAUUGAAGCAGCAAUUAAAGUUCAGCACAAGUGCCCAACAUGCCGCCACAAACUUAGAAUAAAAGACAUUAUCAGGAUCUACCUUCCUACCAGCACCUAAAUGAGAAGCAUUUAAAGCACUCAUAAUUGCCAAGCAUAGGUAUUGUGUUGGGGGAAGGUAUGCCAUUAUUUUGUGACUUUACUCAAAUCAUUGUUGGGUGAGGGUUGCUAUAUCUAUAACUUGAGAUAGGUUUGGUUAGCUGGGUUUUGCAUUUGUAUAGUUCAAAAGAAUUUGCUCCUUCAAAUCUUCAAAUACUCAAUUGGUGACCGCUUGAGGAGGUCCGGUAGGCGUUCGUUUUGGAAGCUUGGGGUUAGUUAGAUUUGCUAAUAAAGGAGUAUCUUUUUAUUAACUGCAUUCUUGAUGUACUAUUCAAUCUUUUAUCAAAAAACAGAUGCCAUUAUUUUGAACAAAAUCACUCAACUAUAUGAGUGAUGUUUCAUUUAUAAUAUGAUGGCUUUUUUUGGGUUGCAACUGAUUAAGGAUUAAUUGGUAUGAAAUGAUAACUUGGGCAUUUAUACAUUUACAAAUUAUUUGGUAUCCAA